GUCUGAGUGUGGUGGGUGUGAGUGACCCUGCUAUGGAAGGACGUCCUGUCCAGGGUGGGUUCCUGCCUUGUGCCUUGAGCUGCUGAGGCCAGCCACUUUUUACUGUCAUCCAUGGAAAGGCUCUUAGUAACUGUCUCAGACUUUUGGGAUCUAUAAUUCUUUGCCAUGAUUCUUCGGAAAGUUCUUAAGCGGGAUGGAGCAAUCUUGAUUUAAGUUGUGGAAAAAGAAGACAGAUUUAUAUUCUUCAUGCUGACAAAAAAUAGUUGCUAUGACUUUUCCGGCAACGUGAACAGGAGCCAAGAGAAGCUGAACUGGUCAUGGUCUGUCGUCCAGUGUUCCUUUGUCGUCGGCGAUUUUGCCCCCGGCCCUACUUGGUGGGCUUGGUGGUGGCGAUCUGCCUCUUCUACCAGACCCUGACUCUUCGAGGGACGAGGAAGCUCACAGUCACUGUCCCUGGGGCUGCCCCAAACACACUCACUGAAAGCCAGGCAAGCAGAUGCAAGAAAGGAUUCUCUGUGGACAAACAGUGCUUCCUUCUCUCGAGCAAUGCUCAGGAAAUCAGAAAGAUCCAAGAAUUGAUCAAGACACACUUUGGCAGCCAUGGCAGAAGGGCCAUACUCUACAGACCUCCUUCCUACAGCAAAACAGAGCUUCUGCUCCACCAGCACAUUCUCACUCAGCUCCACUACACUGUUGUCAUCGCUGAAGAAGGGCUUGGUGCUGACCUUGGGCUGGAGCUGCUAGAAAAAGGUGAUUUGGGCUCUUGGGAUCUGCUCAUUUGCCUGUCUCCUAGGAAAGCUGGUGGAAAACCCUGCAUAUCUAAGGAAGACAUGUGCCAGUUAGGUGUACAUCAAAAGGUAAACAUAUUACCAGAAAUACAACAUCAGCUUUGCAGAAAGGAAGGAUUAUGUCAAAUAGUUCGAAGAUUUCCAGAACUGCAGCUUCUGGUGAACCCCUCUGUGUGUUUGGACCAGAGCACACAAUUCAAGCUGAGUACUUGGAGUCACCUUUCAAAAACAGUGAAGCCACAUAUGUGGAAACCAUGGACCUGGAGACGUGAACAGCUGGAUCAAACAACAGCCCUUGCUCCACAUGAGACCAUCUUUAGAGCCAAAGAUCUAUCUGUGAUUCUGAAAGCAUAUGUGUUGGUGACAUCCCUAACCCCUUUGCGUGCAUUCAUUCAUUCAACUGGCAUGGUUUGGGAUCCACCAAAGAAAAAACGCUUCACUGUCAAGCUGCAAACCUUUUUUGAGACAUUCCUGAGGGUCAGUUCACCUCUUCAGGCUUUUGAAAACAUGAAGGAAGCAAUUAGCAAACUCCUGCUGGCAGCUGAAGCUUUCAGUGAAACAUCUACUCUGGGACCAAAGGCCUUCGAUAAAUGCAGGUUAUGUUUUCAACUUUUAACUUUUGAUAUUGGUUUCAGAAGUUUCAGUUCCCCUGUAGUGCUCCAGGUACAUGAGCAUUUAAAUUUUCAAUAUGAUGAUAAUAUGGAUUUUGAGGACCAAAACACAGAAUUCCUUUUAAAAGACACUUUCAAUUUUCUCUUCUCUAAUGAAUCUUCCCCUUCCAUAUUCUCUGAGAUAUUUCAGAGACUUUACAGAUCAGGUGUAUUUAAGGGUGAAAACUACGAAAAGGAACGGAAUCAAUGCCUAUCUUUAGAGGAGAUUAACUCAAUUAUGACUUUCAUAAAGGAACUUGGGAGUUUGGGACAAUUCCAACUGCUCUUCCCAUCAACUUCUCCGGGGAUUCAAUCUUUGAUGCGUGAAUUUCAUGUUAUGGCACAUCCUAUGGCAAAACCUGGUUCAGUCCUGACCCAAUAUUCAUCUCUUUUCAAUGUUUUUGAGCAAUUUCAGCUCCUGAAUAAAAAGGCAGAGCUACAUCCAUUGGAAUGGAAUUCCUUCACAGACGAUGAGAACAUUGAAAAACCACAAAUGCCAUUUGAUGCAACUGAACAUAAAAAAGUUGUGAUUCCACAAAUUUUAAAUGCAACCGAAGAAGUGCAUUGCAGUAAUGAUGAAGACAUACAAUGUCAUAUCAAGCAGAUCUUCACGCAUCCACAUUUGGAACUAAGUCCUGAAUUUAACCCGAAGAUCAAAGAUUAUUAUUCUGAAGUUCCCUUUGAUGUGGUAACAGUGAUGAUCGGAGCGGAGACUUCCAGCUGUCAGUGCAAGGUGUACCUGCAUGAACGGGCAGGGCCAAGUUUUUCCAACUAUCCUCUGGGCUUAGGAGCAAACAAAAUCUCAUUGCUUGUGGUGGAUGAAUCUCCAGCCCAGGGUGAGAACCUAAUCACGUACAAGCUCACCAUCUAUCGAGAAGACCGUCCAAGUUUGCCCUUGUUUGAGGACUUCAUGGCAUGUGGUUUUGUGCAGGAUUGUGGUUUGCUGAUUCACCCGGAGGAAACCUGUGGAUUACAGCCUAUUUCUUCUGACUACAUUGAAGCCAUUUCACAGCCUCAACUAAAAAUUUGUCCAUCUGGGGACACAAAAGGCCAAUGGAUCGUGCCUUGCCUUAGUUGUUCAGAUAACAGAACCUGUGACUGGAGAGAAAUAACUUGGCAGCCCCAUAACUGCCAGUAUGGUGUCCUAACUAAGCGUCAGCUGCAGCGGUGCCUGGGAGGAAAGAAGAUUCUUUUCAUUGGCGAUUCAACCAACAGAGGGAUAAUGUACUAUCUGAUUGAAAGACUGAACGAAACCUUGCAAGAAUGGCAGAAGGUGCAUGGCACUAAACUCUAUCACAAUGUCAAUGGUGGGAAGACUUUGAUCAGCUAUUCCUACUAUCCUCAGUUCUGGAUAAGCCCUUCACUGAGACCAACGUUUGAAAAAGCACUUGAGCAUCUCUUGCAAAGAUCACGUCCUCUGGAGAAUUCGGGCCAGACUAUAUUGGUCGUUGGUGGUGUUCAGUGGCUUAAUUCCAAUCAUCUGCAAAUUAUUCACAAGGUUUUGAAGAGGGAAAACUUACUCAAUAUCCUUGUGAUCAUAAAAACUUUGGGAAUCGGAUUUCAUCUGCCAGUGGAUGGAGUGCAUUUCUUAACACAGAGUGAAGUUCAGAACUUGUGGAAAGAAAAUUUGAUUAUUCUGGAUACUGCAAAAAAAUAUGGCUAUGAAGUGGUCGACACAUUCACUAUAACAAUGGGGCGAUACAAAGAGUUUUUGCAGGGAUCCUGUGGAUGCCAUUUUCAUGAGGUAGUGAAAUCAAAGUUAUCUGAAGAAAAUCACUUUAUUAAAAUAAAACGAUCAAGAAAUCAUACAGUGGGAAAAUAUUUCAGCAAUCAAAGCAAACUGCAACAACAAGACUCCGUAAUAAAUUUUCAAUCGCCAUAUCACGUCAGAGGUCCGAUUAAUCAGGUUUGCUCUGAAAUCCUUCUCAGCAGGAUGUGUGUGAGUAAAGGAUCUGUAUAGACUCCCUGAAGGAGGACUGAAUUUGGAAUUGAAGACACACCACUAACCUGGAGGAUCAUCUAAGAACCAAAUCCUGGGUAUCACGUGUAUUUUAGAUUGAUUGCAUGCACUCAUGCACACAGGUACACAGUUACACACCAAAGCACACAUAGUUUAAAAAAAAGUAAUAACACUUUUUCCCUAUGUCUUUAUAAAGUCAAGAUGUGCACUUAAAAAUCAGUUGGUUUUUAAUGUGAAAGACAGAGCUAGAAAAAGUUUACACGAAAUAGAAUAUGAAUAAGAAGCAAUGUGGGCUAGGUAUUGCAUUGUGAUAAUAAAGGGAAAUGCAGACACUUUAAUUAUCUGGAAGAAAGCGUAAUGCUAUGAGUAUUGUGUUAUCUUCUCUAUUGGCACAAUACUGAAAAAGAUAAAAGAGCAAUUACAUUCCACUUGCAAGUAGGGAUUGCGCUUGUGUCCUUCACCAGGAGAAAACGGUGUUUGUGAUGAAUUCAGCUUUGUGAACCUAAUGCUUAUAAAAAACAUUUUUCCUAUGCUUUUUAAGUUUUAUAACUGAAAAGAAAAGAACAGGAAUGCUCCAUAAGGGAAUGCAAAUAGGUUCUAUGAGAGAGAUAAGAAGUGUAAUAUUUUACAGUUAAAACACUAGUAUAUUUAACUUUGCAUUCUGUAAUUUUCAUAAACAUUCCCUCCUACCCUGUCCCUGACCUUGUAUGGGUAACUGCAGUCUAAGUUGAUUAAAUAUGUCAUUUUAAAGUGCAAAACAAAAUAUAGUUCCUCAUGUAUUACUUUGUUUCAUUGAUGAUAUUACUUAAGAAAGCUUUGGUUUGCCAUUAGAGACCUAUAUAAUGUAAGAUUGCAAUUAUAUUUUAUGUAAAUAUUUUGCAAAGGAUUAGGAAUUCUCAAGUGCAUAGGCAUUUAUUUCCAUUAGUCAUUUGUAUAUGUCCACAAAUACUCCUAUGUUACUAGUAACUAUAUUUUUUUACU